UUAGCUCACUUACAUUCAUGGUGCCCCACCCGUCUGCCCAAGCUAGCUUCUAACUCGUCUUUCGGUUGACGGAGCCCUGAGGGGAGCAGGUGUCCCCCAAAGCGCCAAGAUGCAGCCAUGGCUCUGGCUGGUCUUCAGUAUGAAGCUGGCAGCUCUGUGGAGCAGCUCUGCCCUCAUUCAGAACCCUGACUCCCUGCUGAUUCAAACCAACAGUACAGCACAAAUGUCCUGUAAGAUUAAAAGCUCUACAUCAGCAACAACCAUCUACUGGCUGAGAGAGCACCAGGACCCCACCGAGGACAAACGCUUUGAGUUCCUGGUCUCCUGGAGUUCUUCCAAAGGAAUUACAUAUGGUGGAGAGGUGAAGGAGAAAAUAACAGUGUCUUCAGAUUCUCUCAUAAUCAUGGAUGUGAAACCAGAGGACAGUGACUUCUAUUUCUGUGCGAUAGUUGGGAGCCCCAAGGUAGUCUUUGGGACCGGCACGAGGCUGACUGUGGUUGAUGUCCUUCCUACAACUGCCCCGACCAAGACUAAUCUGAAGAUGAAGAAGAAGCAAUGUCCAUUCCCCCACCCAAAGACCCAGAAGGGCCUGACAUGUAGCCUCCUUACCCUCAGCCUGCUGGUGGCCUGCACCCUGGUUCUGCUGGUGUCCCUCGGCGUGGCUGUCCACUUUCACUGUGUGCGAAGGAGAGCCCGAAUUCGCUUCAUGAAACAGUUUCACAAAUGAUCAGCGCCCUCGACACUGAUACCCUUCAAUGAAAGGACUAUAAUUCAAUAAAAGCAAGUUAUAGACUAAGGAGAGACAGCAUGUUCAGCAGUGGAGAGGCCACCCCCUUGCUCAAGCUGCCUGCUUUGAACUGCUGCAAGUUCUGUGCAUGGUCAGGCAUGUUACCUGGAGUCUCACAGAGAAGGCCCCAGAAUUCAGGCUCACUCACAGAGUGGGCUGAAGAACCAAGAACUCCCACCACGACACCACCAUGCACCCUUCUUGGACUGGGCCUUGGAUGGCGGCCUUCCAGCCACCAUCUUUGUCAUUUGCUUGGUAGAGCAGCCUUAUUGGCUCUUUGGCCUCUCAUGGGAGAGAGCUAGCGGGGCAGCCCUGGAGAAGACUGCACAUCCUCACACAGAGAAGCCACCUCAUGAAUAAGGUUUCCUGCAAACAGCUUCUGGGCUCUCGGUGGCCAUCUUA